CCACACCUCAGGCAGCCAACAGUCUGGAGUUCCAGUCGGAGAUGCUCGAUUUCUUUGCGGAUCGUCGAGAAAACGCUCUGGCUCGACUCUGUGCGCCCCAGUACUAGGUCUUCUUUUCCUUAUUUUAUUUUUGAUCUUUCCUGGUUCCGAUACCCUUCCUUAAUUCGAGUUCCUUGUGCACGCAUUCGCAAGAGGAUUCCGCUGUCCAUUCAGCGUUCGCCAUCUCCAGAAGUCCGUCCCGUGCUCGGUUCAUUCCUCCGUACAGAAUCAAAUCAACGCAGGUUAUUCACAAUGUCCAAACCGUCGCUCCGUCCGCAAUCAAUCCAGUCCCGGAUAACUCACAUCAUCAACCACUGGCCCUCCGACCCCGUUCGCCCCGCGUCAGUCUCCGUUCAGAACUACCUACAGAGCAAGCUCGCCCAGGCCUCACCAGACAAGGGCUCACAAGCUGCCCCGAUCUCCCACUCAUCCCUUGAUGCGCUUUCAUCCCUGCUCGAGGACCGUUAUGCGAGGCGGUAUCCGCUACCAGCGAAACUGCGCCGGCCGGCCAGCGACCCCGACCAUUACGACAAGGUAGUGCAGGAAUUCGAGAUGGCACCGCGCAGAGACUGGUGGGGACGAGUGACGACGAAGAUGAGAGGACUUUUUAGGUUCCAGUAAAGAAACGGACCUCGGAAGUUGCGAAUUAAGAAAAUGAGCAGAAUCUGGUGACAGGAGAGGGAUAUCGAAGGGGAAUGGGAGUUUUCCGAAAUUUUUACUUUUCCCAGGGAUGUAAAAUGGGUUUGGUUCAUGCAUGCAAUGCUCUCUGUUUUUAUUUUGUAUACUAUGACUGCUACUGCCCUGUACCACCACUACCCAAAGGGGGAUAGGCGUUUUCAUACGCAAAGAGAUAUCUGGCAUUGAAUAUUGCUUCACGCAUCGAUGCGCACUAAAUUAACUAUUUCUUAGUACUUACUAAUAUAGCUAGGGGAUGCUGGGUUUAUAUUAUCUAUAAGGGCCUAUCCAUCAUCGUCUAC